AUGGUCUGUGGUGUUGUGCCGAGACAGCCGAAUGGACGAAGUUACCAUCACGUCGUGCUUAGCGGAGAGAAGCGAAUUCAGCAUGUCGACAUGUCAGCCAUGUCAGCCAAAAAGCCCAACGUGCAAAGCAUCGGUCUCAGGGCCGGAUCUCGUUUGGUCACCAACACGUCGGACCGAGUCUCAGGAGGAAUGACGUCUGCUCCUAAUCUGCCUUCUAACCUCACUUGA